UUUCAUGCAUUGAGCUCCAAUAUUAUCUUAGAAAGCUGUUUUUAGGGGGACUUUCAGGCAGCAGCUUGGUGCUUUUACAAAUGUCUUUCGUUUCAGGGAACAAAAACCGCGAGAUCUAGCUCUGAAUCUUAUCGAUAUCUUAUUGGUUGGUGGGGAUCUAGGUCUGAAUGAUUUGGUGUUGGUCUGAAUGAGUUGGUUCAUCUGCCUGUUCAGUGGAUGUAGGCAGGCAGGGUUCAGGUGGGGAGAUGAAAAGGACCCGCCACCUUGCCCACCCCCACCCAGGUGGAGGUUGCUACUCACCUGUUUAGACCUACCCACGUGGGCUAGGUGGAAAGAGAGGCAUAUAUGGCAACGAAUGUUCUUCCAAGCAGAAUUGUUCUUGAAGUUAUUAAAAAUGAUUAUGCGGACUGGCGUGAUUGCAUAACAAACUAUUUUUUGGCUCAUGAUCUUUGGGAUAUUGUUGAGACAACCGCGGAACCACCUGAACCAGAAAAUGACGAAGCUGAAUUCAAGGCAUGGACGAAGAAAAAUGCUGCGGCUGUACAUGCAAUUCUAAUAUCAUGUGGGAGGGACGUGCUAUCUCAGAUCAAGGAUUUUACUUCUGCCAAAACUAUUUGGCAUAGAUUGGCUAUAAUGUAUGAUCGCAUUGAACGGGAACGCAUGCAUGAAGCUAAACGAGUACUGGCUGCAGGACCUUCGUCAAUAACCGCAGGGACUUUCCGAAGGCGCACAAACCAGACCGGUGGCUUUUCCGAGUAUGCGACCUUGUACGAGGCUGUGCGAAGCGGUGAUGGGCACACUGCAUAUAUUUUCCUUGCAAGUCACCCCGAUUCAGUGAACGCAGAAAUCACACAUUUGGGCCAGACGGCUCUUCACGUUGCUGUUGUUGCUCAACAGGAACAUAUAGUGCAGACAUUGGUGGAGCAAAUGUUGCCAGAAGGCUUGCAAAUACAAGAUAAUGAAGGUCUGACAGCACUGGCUGAGACAGCUAUUCGUGGUUCCCUGCGGAUGGCCAGAUGCAUGAUAAGUAAGAACAAGCAUUUGGUCACCAUCGGAAAUAAUUGGGGGUUAAAUAUUCCACUAGUUCUGGCUCUUCGCUUUGAGAGAAGACAAAUGGCUCUCUUUCUCUAUAGUCACACUCCGUUGGAAGAGCUAGUGCCCGAGAAAGGCUCCAAUGGUGCUACAGUUGUAACCAAAGCUAUAAAUACUGGAAAUUUUGAUAUCGCUUUGGAUUUAAUCAUGCGAUGUCCGAGGUUGUCAAUUUCUCUAGACACAGACAACAUCUCCCCCAUGUCCCUUUUGGCUGGUAUGAGUUACGUAUUCCCGAGUGGAGAUCGGCAACCGUUUUGGACACGAUGCAUCUACUCCUGUAUACGCAUUCAUAGGUCGACUGUGAAUAUUAAUUAUGAAGAAGCUCGUUUGGACAUUGAAAACAAUGGAGAAGAAACUACCGGACCAAGCCAGUUAAAAUGGGACUGUUACGGUAUUGUCAAAGGAUUGAAGCAUUUAUAUGAAAUGAAGUUAAUCCACCUCCAAUCCGAAACACUUCUGUUUCAUAUGUUGGAAGCGAUAGCGACUGAGUUGAAUGACCAAGUCGGGGCGGUAGGAAGUGGCGUUGCGCAGGCGAUCUUCAGUGCUAUCAGGGCAGGAAUCUUUGAGUUUGUUUUUCUUGUAGUGAGAAGAAAUCCAGAGCUUUUGUGGGUCCGUGACAGCGACAGAAGAAACAUAUUUAUGUCUGCCGUCCAACAUCGACGAGAAAAAAUCUUUAGCCUUAUGUACGGGUUAGAUCAACAGAUGAUCAAAACAAUAACAUCAGCUCGAGACAACUUUGGCAACAAUAUAUUACAUUUGGCAGGAAAUUUAACAGAUUUCACUCCGCUUGAUCACAUCACAGGUGCAGCUUUACAGAUGCAGAGAGAAUUACAAUGGUUUAAGGAGGUAGAGAGCUUGUGCAACCCCAUGUAUAAGACCGAAUUAAACAAAGACGGUUUGACUCCUAAACUAGUGUUCACGAAAACCCACAAAGACUUGAUGAAAGACGGAGAGAUAUGGAUGAAGGGCACGGCAGGUUCUUGUACAGUGGUAGGCGCUCUAAUUGUCACAAUUAUGUUCGCUGCAGCAUUUACCGUCCCAGGUGGUACCAAUCAAGAAACAGGUUUUCCGGUUUUCAUACAUAAAAAGUUGUUUGAAACCUUCAUAAUAGCCGAUUCCCUAUCUCUCUUUUCUUCCUCAACUUCAGUAUUGAUGUUUUUGGGAAUCCUAACAUCGCGUUAUGCAGAGGAAGAUUUUAUCAAAUCCUUACCCAACAAAAUGAUAAUAGGUCUUUCCACCCUCUUCUUCUCUAUUGCAACCAUGAUGAUAAGCUUUUCAGCUACACUUUUAAUUAUGUUACGUGAACAAUUGUGGAUGGUCAUUCCAAUCAUCUGUUUAGCUGGCAUUCCUGUUUCUUUGUUUGCAAUGAUGCAGUUCAACCUUCUUGUUGACAUGAUUGCUUCAACUUAUGGAUCGGGCACCUUUAACCGGAAAAUGAAGCCUUGGCUUACCUCAAUUUGACGUUAUAUUUGUAUAAUGUAUGCGUGUUCUAUUACUAGCCGGGAUGAAUGAUGCCCUUUUUUUGGACGGAUAAUUGAUGAAUUUUCAGCUAGCU